AUGGCCGACGAGAAAUCCUCCAAGGCUCAGUCGCCCGAGCGAGAGCAACCUGAAGGGGCGGUUGAAGGUUCCGCGGUGGAACAGGGUAGUGAGAGUACUCCCAAGGAAACAAAAGCGGAAGGCCAAGAACAGGGCGGGGACUCUAAGGCGCGACAAAGACAAGAGAGAUUCAAAGCCCUCCAGGCCCGCGCGAAAUCCGCCGCCGAACGUAACUUGAAAGAGACUGCAGCCGAGACCCAACGCCUAGCAACCGACCCGUCCUUGGUCUCCUCGCUCUCGCGCAAACACGCGUUUGCCUCUCAUAAUCUACUCAAAGCCGACACCGAAGCCUCCGGGGAGGAUUUUGAACGCAAGCGAGCAUGGGACUGGACCGUUGACGAAUCCGAAAAGUGGGACAAACGUAUGGAGAAGAAACAGCGCCACCGUGAUGACGUUGCCUUCCAGGAUUACACGCAAGAUGCGCGCAAGGUGUAUAAGAGGCAGCUACGCGAGAUGCAGCCUAACCUGGAGGGAUACGAGAGGGAGAAGAUGGCAGCGAUCGAAAAGGCUGCCGCCAACGGUGAUCUAGAAAUUGUCGAAACAAACGACGGUGAAAUGAUCGCAGUUGAUAAAAAUGGCUCCUUCUACUCCACGGCGGACAGCGUUGGCUUCACCGAGAACAAGCCUGAUCGAGCAGCUGUUGACAAGCUUGUCUCGGAUCUGAGGAAGGCCGAGGAAGUCCGACUUAAGAAACGGAGGGAUCGCCGUGGUGACGAUGACGCCGACGUCACCUACAUCAACGAGAAGAACAAACAGUUCAACCAGAAAUUGUCACGCUUCUACAACAAGUACACUACCGAGAUUCGCGACAGUUUCGAGCGUGGUACUAUGAUUUGA